AUGGCGCACCAAUCGCCCAUGAUUUCGAUCCCGAGGAAGACAACACAAGAAGUCGACUGGACAACCCCGAUACGCAACCUCAUCGCGCAGUCGUACGGCGAGAACCCAGAUAAUUACGCGGCGGAAUGCCCGUCGCUUCAGCGAUGUCGCCAGGAUGCGGUGCGAGGCGCUGGGAGUGAUCUCACAGCCCGCGAUCUACUAUAUAAGUAUUUCGGACAACUGGAACUGUUAGAGCUGCGGUUUUCAGAGAUCAGAGUCAACUUCCCAUGGCACGACGCGUUCACGAACAAGUUGAUCACACAAACAUCCAUUGCCUAUGAGAAGGCAUCCAUCCUCUUCCAGAUCGCCAGCACACAUUCUGCUAUCGCCGCCUCGCAGAGUCGAUCAGACCCAGAAGGGCUCAAGCGCGCUUUCUACUACUUCAGAGCAUGUGCUGGCAUGCUCACAUAUAUCAACGAGAACUUCCUGCACGCACCAUCGACAGACUUGAGCCGCGAAGUCGUCAAAUUCCUCAUAAACAUCAUCUUGGCACAGGCUACAGAGGUCUUUUUUGAGAAGUGCACAGAUGAGAAGAAGAGCAAUGCACUGGUGUCCAAGAUAGCUUCACAAGCAGCAUCUAUGUACACAUCAUUGACGGAGGAGGUCAAGGAGUUUAUGGGCAAGGGAAUCUUUGACCGGAACUGGGUGACUCUCCUGCAGAUUAAAGCCAAAUACUUUUCUUCUCUCUCUCAAUACUAUCGUGGCCUCGCAGACAACACCUCGGGCAAGCACGGCGAUGCCCUCGUCCGCUUCACCCAAGCCGAAACCCUGGCAAAGGACGCCUAUCGCACAGCCUCCAGCUUCGGCGCGAUGUUCGUUUCGAACAUGUCUCCCAACCUCCCCCCAGACGCAGGUACUUCCAUUUCCGAGCGUCUGAAAGCACACCAGGUCAUCUGCGUCGACAAGAAGGCCGAGGCAACGCGCGAGAACGAUCUAAUCUACAACGCCAUUUUGCCUGCAUUUGAGAGUCUACCCAACAUUGAGAAGACAGCCGUGGCGACUCCGGUACACAUCCACGAGAUAUACGGGACGCCAGAGGUGCAGAAGACGAUUGGACAAGACAUUUUCAUCCAUCUAAUCCCUCUGAGCGUGCACGAGAGCGCAAGUGUGUACUCCGAAGAGAAGGCAAAGCUCGUCCGCGGCGAAGUGGAGAAAGCUGAAGGUGCUGAGGGUGAGGCCCGCAGUGCCCUCGACGGGCUUGGCGUCAAGGCGGGGCUUGUCCGGUACAAAGCCAUAGCCGAGGGCGACGUCGCGGGUGGAGACGAGGUACCGCUUGACGUGCGGCGCUGGAAGGAGGACAUCACUGUCAUCGAAGAGCGGGAAGGUGUCGAGGGCCUCAUCCGCGAUCUUGGGCGACUCAAGACCAGCGUUCAGCAGGAGCUCGAAGGUGUCUCGCGGGACCUUGAGACCGAAACGCGGGACUGUGAGGUUCUGCGCGUCAAGUACGAGCACCUGUGGACGCAGCCGCCCAGCGCGACGCUCACGAAGAGCCUGCGACAGGACCUCAAGUCGCACUUCGGUUCCCUGGAGGCUGCGGCGGUGUCGGAUGGGCAGGUGGCGACUCUAUGGGACUCGGUCAAGGCGGACAUUGCUCUGCUCCUUAGUCCGCAGAUUGAGCAGCUGUUUUCGGAGCGUGGCGGGUCGAAGCCUGAGAAUCUACUUGAUUUGGACGUCGGCAGCGAGACGGACGAUGCCAAGGAGAGGGCGAAGAUCAGGGAGUAUGUGGACGAGAUCGAGGAAAGGCUGAAGAGGUUGGAUCUGAUUUCAAAGGAGCGUGGCGAGGUUCUGAAGGACCUUAAGGAUAAGAUUCAAUCAGACGAUGUUUCGCACCUCCUGCUCCUCAAUCGACGCAACACGGGCAUCGAGCCCACCUUGUUUGCUGCUGAGCUGGAGAAGUUCCGGCCAUACCAGCAACGACUGGCAUCUACGGUUCAUCAUCAAGAGGUGGCCCUGCAGGAGGUCGGCACGCUGUGGAAGGGACUCAAAGAUCUUGCAGGGCGGGGUGCAGGUGCACGGAAAUGGGAAGAACGGGAAAAGAGGAAGAAGGAUACGAUACGAAGGUUCUCGCGGGCUCGCGAUGGGUACAUGGAGGUCCGAGAUGGGCUGGCAAAAGGCCUCCAGUUUUACACCGAACUGACUGACCUUGCAUCCAGACUUCGCAGCAAUGUUCGCUCCUUUGUCUCGGAGAGAACUGCGGAGCGCGAGGCGUUGGUGGCGAAGCUGGAGACGGAGAAGAGGCUGUCUGUAUCUGCAGCAUCUCUUCCGUUAGCCGCAAAGCCGCCUGUACCACCGCCCCCACAGCACCAUUCAAGAUUGUCUCUUGAUAAUGCUUUUGCAUCGAUGAACCUGAGAGAUACGCCACAAUCUCCUCCUCUUCCGCCCCAACAACAUCAGCAGCAGCCAUGGCAAGUUCAAGCUAGUUCACCGAUCCCACCACCACCAGGUUCGAACCAGCACUACACACCUCCUGCCCCUUCGCCGUACGGUAGCCUGCAACAAAACCAAUCUCCAUAUGCUUCUGCUCCACCACCUUCGCAACAAUCGUCCCAUUAUCCUGGUGGUAUUCAGACGUAUGGCUCAGGGCAGUACACCAGUCCACCACCUCCGGCCCCGCAGCAGCAACAACAAUCAUCGUUCCUACCCCCUCCGCCUCCUCGACCACCAACCCACUCCUCCUCCUACCCAUCCCCAUCGGCUCCUGCUUCCGAUCCGUACGCUAGCCUGGCCAUGUUCAAUCCCACUCCUUCCUCAGUUCCAAGCCAACCACUGGCACCCUCUCCACCUCAAACUGGGCCUGGCUACAACUACUACUCUCCCCGUUCGCAACAGCCUCCCCAGCCGCCACAGCAAAACGGGUACGAAGGCGGAGGGUCGAUGCUACCACUUCCACCUCCACCCCCGCCUCAGCAGCACCAGUACCAUUACCAGCAGCAACCUCAGCAACAGCAGACCACUGGGUAUCCACCACCUGCCCCACAGCAGCAGCAGCAACCGCAGUAUGGAGGUUAUCAGGGCCAGCCAUCGCCGAAUUCUUACGCUCCUGCGGGGUAUCAGAGUUAUGGGCGGUAG